CGGCGUAAGUUACUGCAGAGGUCAGACAUUGCUCUUUCGUGCACCUCCCUCCGCUUCCUCUGCAACCAUGUCUGACAAACCUGAUAUGGCUGAGAUUGAGAAAUUCGAUAAGUCGAAAUUGAAGAAGACAGAAACGCAAGAGAAAAACCUUCUGCCUUCAAAAGAAACGAUUGAACAAGAGAAGCAAGCAGGCGAAUCUUAACGAG